AUGCAGCAUCUGCUACAUGGGACGCUUAGAGUAACAAUAUAUGAAGCUGAUAAGUUGCAAACGGGAUGUAAUUUGGAUUUCUGUGCCAAGGGCACAACACACAAGGGGAAGAGAUUCCUAGCCCAAGUCAAAGGAUGUCUGCUGUGCAGGCCUGAGAUAGUUGGAAGGAGACUAUACGCAACAGUUGAUCUAGACAAAGCAAGAGUUGGAAGAACAAGAAUGAUUGGAAACCAACCUUCACACCCAAAAUGGAAUGAAACUUUUGAAAUUUACUGCGCUCACACCAUCUCUCAAAUUGUCUUCACCGUCAAAGAUGGCAAUCCAAUCGGCGCAACUCUCAUCGGAAGAGCCUUCAUUCGCUCCCAAGAACUCCUUGGAGGCCACAUUGUUAGCCGAUGGCUCGAGAUUCUCGACGACCAAGACCGUCUCCCAGUUCACGGCGCUCGAAUUCGCGUAAGCGUUCAAUUCUUCCCUGUAACUGACUACUCCACCGGGAUAACGCCGUCGUUUAACGGCGUUCCUAGAACAUUCUUCAACAUGAGAAAAGGUUGUAAGGUUACACUAUACCAAGACGCUCAUGUUCUUCCUGGCGCACUACCUUGGAUUCCGUUAACCGUAGGGAGAUACUAUGAUGAGCCUCCACGGUGUUGGGAAGAUAUUUACAAUGCUAUCAGGAAUGCGAAACAUUUGAUUUACAUAACCGGUUGGUCGGUUUAUACCGAGAUAACGUUGGUUAGGGACAAAACGACAGGACCUAGUGUCGUUACGCUUGGGGAGAUUCUUAAGGAGAGAGCGGAGGAGGGUGUUCGAGUUCUUAUGCUUGUUUGGGACGAUAGAUCUUCCGUGCCGCAGUUUAAGAAAGAUGGAUUAAUGGGAACCCACGAUCAAGAAACAGAACAGUAUUUUAGGAAUACUAAGGUGAAAUGUGUUCUUUGUCCGCGAAAUCCUGAUGAUGGGAGAAGCAUUGUUCAGGGGAUUCAGACCUCAACAAUGUUCACCCAUCAUCAGAAAAGCGUGGUUGUUGAUGGCAAUGUCGAAGGGAAUAAUACUAAAAGAGGGAUCAUAAGUUUUAUUGGCGGGAUUGAUCUUUGCGAUGGAAGAUAUGAUACUCAAGAACAUCCUUUGUUUUCGAGUCUAAAUACUGUCCACCGUGAUGACUUCCAUCAACCGAAUUUCCCCGGCGCUUCGAUUAAGAAAGGCGGCCCGAGGGAGCCGUGGCAUGACGUGCAUUGCAAGUUAGAAGGACCGGUUGCUUGGGAUGUGUUGUACAAUUUUGAACAGAGGUGGGAGAAGCAAGUUGGGAAGAAUCAAAACCUGUUAUUCACACUUGAUGAGCUUGAUGAAAUUGUUGUGCAUCCAAGUGAGGCUGCUGCUACAUUGGAAGAAGACAGGGAUUCUUGGAAUGUUCAGUUGUUUAGGUCGAUCGAUGGCGGCGCAGUUUAUGGAUUCCCACAAAACCCUGAAGAAGUUGCUGAAUUAGGCCUUGUUAGUGGCAAAGACAAUGUGAUUGAUAGAAGCAUUCAAGAUGCAUACAUUCAUGCGAUUCGGCGCGCCAAGAAUUUCAUCUACAUUGAGAAUCAGUACUUCCUAGGGAGUUCAUAUGGUUGGAAAUCAACUGAUAUACAAGUUGAGGAUAUUAAUGCCUUGCAUCUUAUACCAAAGGAGCUUUCACUCAAGAUUUGUAAGAGCAUUGAAGCAGGACAAAGGUUUGUUGUGUAUGUUGUGAUUCCGAUGUGGCCGGAAGGUGUGCCUGAAAGUGCUUCAGUUCAGGCAAUUUUGGAUUGGCAGAGAAGGACUAUGGAGAUGAUGUAUAGUGACAUUGCUGAGUCCAUAAAGAAGAAGGGGAUCGAAGCACAUCCUAGGGAUUAUUUGACAUUCUUUUGCCUUGGGAAGAGGGAGCCUAAGAUGGAAGGUGAAUAUGUUCCUACACAACAACCUGAACCUGAUAGUGACUAUAUAAGAGCGCAGAAUGCUAGGAGGUUCAUGAUCUAUGUUCAUUCCAAGAUGAUGAUAGUGGAUGAUGAAUACAUAAUAAUUGGUUCAGCCAACAUAAACCAAAGAUCAAUGGAUGGGGGAAGAGACACAGAGAUAGCAAUGGGAGCAUUCCAACCACACCAAAGAGUGCCACGUGGCAACAAACCAGAGGGCCACGUGCACGCAUUCAGAAGAGCCCUAUGGUACGAACACCUAGGGGACCCACUUGCACUGGACGAGGUUUUCAACCGCCCAGAAAGUGAGGAGUGCGUGAAGCUUGUGAACCAUCUUGCUAAGAAGAAUUGGGAUUUGUACACUCAAGAUGAGUUUGAUGUUAACACACCACUUCAUCACUUGUUGCAGUACCCUGUACACGUGGCAGGUGAUGGUACCAUAACAACGUUGCCUGGCUUUGAAUGUUUUCCGGAUACUAAGGCUCAUGUUCUUGGAUCAAGAUCCGAGUAUCUUCCUUCAAUACUCACCACCUAGGAGCUAGCAACAUUGCUUGCUGGGGACAUUAUAAUGUGUCACAUUUUAGGGCAAUUUACUUAUUUAAAUAAAAUGACAGAAUCCUUUAUCCAAAUGUGCGAAACGGAUUGUUGUUACAUGCAUGUGCAAAAAUCCUAUUCUAUGUAAUCCAUAGCAACCCACCACAAUUUUUGAAUUGUGCAUAAACCGUGGCAGGUUGGGACAGUUUAUGGAGAUACUUAGUUGCUUGUAAACCGUGGGAGGUUCCAGCAGUUUAU